AUGAGGACGACUGUUUACUACUCUGAACUGUAUGUAGUGAGCUUUCUAGCGCCCAAAGCUGCAAACGCAUCGCCCAAGGGUGUGCCAUACAUUGUGCAGGAGAAGUCCAGUGGCUACACGACUCCCAGAUGGAUUUGCCAUAAUACGAUUGAACACUAUUGGACUGUAGCCCUGAAUAAAUAUCUAUACCUCUGUUUCUUCACAGGAGAAUCCACAUAUCUCGAUGACCACGGACCCCCAGCUCCCCGUGUGCUGCCAUUCCCCAGUCAGGUGGUGUAUAAUCGUGUGGGGAAGUGUGGCAGCAGGACGGUAGUCAUCCUACUAAGGUUAUUGGCAGAGAGACAUCAGUUCAACCUGGUCUCCUCAGACAUCCACAACAAGACACGCCUCACCAAACAUGAACAGGUGGACCUUAUGAGGAACAUCAGCAACAUCCCCCAGCCUUUCCUGUACACCAGACAUGUCCACUUUCUCAACUUCACCCGGUUCAGGAUAGAGCAGCCCGUCUACAUCAACAUCAUACGGGACCCCAUUAACCGUUUCCUCUCCAACUACUUCUUCCGACGUUUCGGGGACUGGAGGGGGGAGCAGAAUCACCUCAUCCGAACACCAGGGAUGAAAGGUGACGAGAGAUACCUGGACAUCAAUGUGUGCAUCCUGGAGAAUUACCCAGAAUGCUCCAACCCCAGACUCUUCUACAUCAUCCCAUAUUUCUGUGGACAGCACCCCCAGUGCAGGGAGCCGGGACAAUGGGCACUGGAGAGGGCCAAACAGAACGUUCUAGAGAACUUCCUUAUCGUGGGGAUCCUAGAGGAGCUGGAAGAUGUCCUGCUUCUUCUAGAGAGACUGUUACCUCACUACUUUACUGACGUACUCAACAUCUACAAGAGCCCAGACUACAGGAAGAUGGGGAACAUGACUGGUACGGUGCGUAAACACACGCCCACUCUGGAGGCCCUUCAGGUUCUGUACCACCGCAUGCGCUACGAGUACGACUUCUACAACUUCAUCCGAGACCAGUUCCACUUGAUGAAGAAGAAGAUUGGCCUCAAGUCGGUCUCCCGACCACCUUCCCACCAGGCCUCCUUCCUAAGAGACCUCUCCCUCCAAACCCCAGAGCCCCUGGAUGAAGACGAGGAGCUGGAGACCGACCUGGAGGACGCCAACAGCUGGUUGGUCCAGCCCUGACCAAUGCCGUGGUGACUGAGGACUUUACUUGCGUCUGGUUGGCUGGAGGUGGCAUGAUAAAGGGGCGGGGGAUGUGCCCUGUCUGUCAGCAUUCCCAGGAGGACGAUUGGUUGGGGGUGUGUGGAUCCUGAUGCCUGUGUUUUUACGGGCUACAUAUUCCGUUCAUCUCGGACUCUCUACUCAUUGCUGAGAACCUUAGGAGUGGGCUCUGACUCUCUGCUACCACUGAGGACCUUGGGAGUGGGCUCGGACUCUCUGCUCACCGCUGAGGACCUUGGGAGUGGGCUCGGACUCUCUGCUCACCGCUGAGGACCUUGGGAGUGGACUCGGACUCUCUGCUCACCGCUGAGGACCUUGGGAGUGGGCUCGGACUCUGCUCACCGCUGAGGACCUUGGGAGUGGACUCGGACUCUCUGCUCACCGCUGAGGACCUUGGGAGUGGGCUCGGACUCUCUGCUCACCGCUGAGGACCUUCGUUGUGGGUGGAUGGAUGGAUGGACGAACCGCUAUAUUUAAAGAUUGACUAGAAUAAUGGGUGCGGGUUUACUUUAAAAAGCUCACUUUGCUUGUUUUAUUUUUGUUUUGUUGGUUUGAGGGCGUCCUGUUUGGGGUAUCUCCAGGUGAGAUAAGACAAAAGGGAUUUGGACCUAUGAACUCAUUAAGAAACAUUUUACAUGUUGAGGGGAGGGCUGCAUCUCAGGAUCAGGAAAAAUUCAAAGACACCAACAUAGGUGCAGGGAUGAUGGGGGGGGAGGAGCGUGUUGAGGUGUGAGAGAGCAGGGACGAGACGGGGAUGAAAUUGUAGGGGUUGUGUGUAACAGGUCUACUUUUAGUGCUUGACCACUCCGUCUCUCCCUGUCUCUCCCAGCCUCCUUUUCUCUCCCUUUCUUUUCCCCUUAUUUUCUCUCUCUCCCUCACACUCUGCCUGUUUUAAGGGCCCUUGUUUUCAAAGUGUGAUUCAAAGUGCCAAACCGUCAAAUGGUGUGUCAUAGUCAUAAACUUCUCUAAGUGCCAAACCUAACCAAGUGGGGUCAGACACCUUCUGUUCCUAGAAACCCUGUUUGGGAGGAUCCUCUGAUCACAGUGGGAGUGGGAGUGGGGGGCCCAAAUGUGAUAGUGUCUAUGCAUGACAGAAUCAGUUUACUUUGUUUAAUAGAUGUCGAUAUGAUGAAAGGGUCAAAUGGCAGGAAGAGCACUCAACUAUGAAUUCAAAGAAUUCCAACUGUGUGUCUACGAUUGGAUUUGACAACAACAUUUGUCAAACUGAAAAUGUAUGAAGAAAGGUUGAAUAUUUUGGUACAUAACUUGGGAAAUAUUAAGAAAUGUAUGAUGUUGAUUGGUGAAAAUGUAUGUUUUUCCUCAAAUGUUGACAUCUCCAUUGGAAUAGAAAAUAUGAUGUUUGACUUCCUUCAACAACAACAAAAAAUCGAAUAAAAAUAUUAUUUCAAAGAUAAAGCUGAAGGCUUUAAUCAAACGCUUUACCUGAACUCACCAAAUGAAAUGACAAUGUGUUCACAGUCUGCACUUAGUCUUAUUUGAGGAUGUUCAACCUCGGCUUGUUGGUUACUGUAAUGUCUAAAUCCACACCUUUGUUUCUUAACUCUCCCCUGACUCUCAGUAUUUCAUAGAGCAGCCAUGGUGUUGCACUUUGGCCAUUUACUGAUAACUCAACACCCAGAGAAGAAAAUGGCCACAACCACCUAUUACCUGGCAGUCAUACCUAUAUUUGUGGUUUAAAUAUAUUGGCACCCUCACUAUUUCUUCUAAAACAAGUAGAUUUGGAAAAAAAAUAUUAACGUGUAUCUGUUUGAUUUACAACUGCACAGGACCAAGAAGAAAGAAACAAUCCAAACUGAAAUUAAGAUUUUUCACUUCAAAGUCAAAAAGGGUCUUGACUAAGUUAUUCACAAUUCAAAUGAAUUUGGUUCUAAUUCUGGUUUACUGUGCAAUGUAUCUCACCUGUGGAAAGUUCCAGGUGCCUACAGGGUAAAAAGAGCAAUUCAACCAGUUUUAAAUGCUCCAUUGCACGCAAUUAAAAAAGGGCAAGGGUGCCAAUAUAUUUGACCACAUCUGUAAGCCAUAGUCAUUGUACUGUCAUUGCCUUCAGCGUGGAUUUUCUUUUUGACAUUUUAAUUUAUUAUUAUGUAUCCAUUUUCAUUCCAGAAAGGAUUCUCAGGAAAAAAGGUUUCUUACAACGUUGAAAUAAGUUGUACUAUCAAGCUAUUCAUAAUAUCUAAAGAUGAGUAAAAUAUCCCCAAUAAAAUGAUAUGAACAUCUUAAAGAAAUGGUUGAACUGUUUUACAAUAAAUGGAAUCCAUUCAUUUCAAUCUCCUCAGACAGUCUUCUAAAUAAAAACCUAACAAUUGCA